AUCAAGAAGAGCAAGAAGUCCGCCGACUCCAUCAACAGCCGUCUGGCUCUGGUGAUGAAGUCUGGUAAAGUCACUCUUGGCUACAAGAGUACCCUCAAGUCGCUCCGCUCAGGAAAGGCCAAGCUUGUAAUCAUUGCUGGCAACUGCCCUCCUUUGAGGAAGUCAGAAUUGGAAUACUACAGCAUGCUGUCCAAGACCAAUGUCCACCACUUCUCUGGCAACAAUAUCGAACUCGGAACUGCGUGUGGUAAACUCUUCCGUUGCGGAACUAUGGCCAUCAUUGACGCUGGUGACUCUGAUAUUCUCAGCGCU